AUGUCAGCUACGUACCCUGUGAACGAGCUCCGGGAUGAGCUGGUUUGUGCCAUCUGCCUGGAGCCCUUUAAAGACCCAGUGAUUCUAGACUGUGGGCACAAUUACUGCCAAGCCUGUAUCACUGGCAGCUGGGGGGCCUCGGGCACAGGCCUUUGCCCCCAAUGCAGGAAACCUCUCCCCGAGGCGGCGCUGAGGCCUAACAAGCAGCUGGAGGCGGUGGUGGGCAUAGCGAGAGACCUAGAAGGAGAAUGCAAGAAACAUCAAGAAGUUUUGAAGCUCUUCUGCAAGAAGGACCGGACCCUCAUCUGCAGGGUUUGCAGAGAGUCUCGAGAACACAGAGCUCACACCGUCAUUCCCAUUGAGGCAGCUGCAGAGGAGUUGAAGGUGCAACUUCUGAGUCAUCGGGCUCGUGUUCAGCGUGUGAGAGACGAGCGAGGGGGACGGGCAGCUGCUGAAGAAAGGGAAUGUCAAACUCUCCUGAAACAGCUAGAGCGCCAGAAGCAGGAGAUUGCGUCUGAAUUCAAGCAAGUGCGACAGGUUUUGAAGCAGGAAGAGCAACUCAUGCGUAACCACCUGGAAGGCACGAUACAGGACCUUGGGAAGACAAGGAAUAAAAAUACUAAAGGGCUAUUACUUCUCGAUAAUUGCAUAGCUGAGAUAAAUCAAAAGUGCCAGCAGACGGGGAUUGAACUCCUCAAGGACAUUGACAGCACCUUAAGCAGGUGUGAGCAGGUGAACGGUGAGGAGGAGGCGCCUGUUGAUUCUUUGACUGAAGUGGAGAGCAGGGUGCAGGCUCUCUCAGAAAGCCAGACAGUUCUACGUGCUCUGCUGGAGAAUUUCAGAGCGGAAUUGGCUCCUCUUGAAAAGUUCUCGUCUGAGGUUCAGGAACAAGUGAGUGGUGAAGACCCAACGGAGGAUGUGCCUGACAACCCUAAAGAAGAGGACUCUUCUGUUUGCCUGCUGGAGUGUGAGGAUAACAAAUGUACCUCAGACAGCUGUCAGAAGCAAGAAGUUGUCCCUACUGACAGACAGAAUAAUGUAACUGACUUCUUAAAUGUUGAGCCAGAGGGAGACAUAGGUCACUGGUUUGACUCCAUGCUCAGGAGACGUGGUGCAUGGAAACCCGUAGCUGCUGUCGUAGCUGCAGUUCUACUUGCAGUUCUCCUUACCGCGGUGAUUGUCGGGUCAGUGUCAAAGGCCAGUGUGACUCCUCCCAACUGCCCUACCGCCUGCUGCCCUGAAAACUGGAUCGGGUACCAAGGAAAAUGUUACCUUUUCUCUGAGGAUGAAGCAGACUGGACCUCGAGCCAACAUUUCUGCUCUUCCCACGGUGUCUCCUUGGCUUGGCUUGACACCCUGCAGGAAAAGGAUUUCUUGAUGCGACACAAGGGCUACCUUGAUCACUGGAUCGGCCUCAGGAGGGAACCGGGCCAGCCCUGGAAGUGGCCCAAUGGCUCAGUAUUCAACAACCUGUUUCAAAUAGGAGAAGGAGGAGAAUGCGCCUAUAUAUACAGAAACACUGUCAGCAGUUCAAGGUGCCACAUAAAGAGGAACUGCAUCUGCAGCAAACCUGAUGAAUUUGCAAAUAGAGAGAUGACUUGAGAACUACAGCAACUCUUCACUUAAUGUCAUCCCGGUUAACGUUGUUACAUCGCUGGUCAAUUAGGGAACAGGCUCGUUUAAAGUUGCCCAGUGCUCCCUUAUAGUGUUGUUCGGCAGCCGCCUGCUUUGUCCACUGCUUGCACGAAGACCAGCCCGGUGGAGCCACCUGGUGGGGGUUGGAACCAGGGGGGGCCAGCAGCCCCCCCAUCAGCUCCCCUAAGUUCCCUGUGCAGCAGCUGCCCGGCAGGCUACUGAUUCCCCCCACUGCCGUGUGCUGCUCCUGCCCUCUGCCUUGGAGCUGCUCCUGGGAGCCUCCUGCUUGCUGAGCAGGGGUGGGCGGGAAGAGAGGUGCUGAUGUCAGGGUGUCCCCUGCCCCCCCAUCUCCACAGAGCUCAGGACAGGACAGAGGGAGCUGGCUGGCAGCAGCUGCUGUCUCAACUUGCUGAUCUACUUAAAAAGGCAAUGUACUUAGAGUGGGGUCACCGUACUUAAAGGGGCGAUGCACGUGUCGCUCUCGCUCUGUCUCUGUCUCACACACACAUGCAGCCCCUGGCACUUAGGAAAGUGGAGGGAGUGGUGCACUCCAGUGGGAUAGCGAGGGUUCAUCAUCAAGUUCAGUUUCCACAGGGAAUAUCUGCAGCCACUGCCGUGCCUCUAUUGUGUCUCCUCCCUCCAUUAGUGCUGCCUUGUAGAGUGUGAGGCUACAUUAACAACAACGUGUUAACUCUUGAGGGCUCAGCCGAGUGCUAGUUCAUCAUUUAGCAGCAAGG